AUGGCCGAAGUUGGACGCAAGCGCGCCCAAGACGGCGAUGGCACUGCAAAUGUGCGCAAGAAACUAAGGCCUUCGGAGCUUCCACUCUCCCAGGCGAAACGAUCGGCCAUCGACAGCUUGGUACACAUGUUUCGCAAAAAGGGUACAUACGACGACAUACGGAGGGAUCUUAUGAAGCAAUAUGUAUCAGGUCCUGCCAAAGAUGAACUCCAAUCCGCCCUCAAAGAACUUGUUGACCGUGAAACCGACCGUAAUCCGUCAUUACUAUCCAAGGACCCCCGGAUGGCGACCACCCUUAUCGAGGGUGCGGGAGAACGCAGUGACAUCUACGCGAACAUUAUGAGCACUGUCAACGCCCUAUUGGACCGAUUGAUGGAAGAACAGGGCUUGCCGAAAAUGCGCGAAUACCGCAUUCAGGAAAUUGGAGCGGAGGCGGCUGCUGAAGAGGAGAAGCGAGGCAGCAAGACCGAAGAGGAAUGGGCACAAGAAGCCGAGGCUCGACGGCAAAAGCGUGAGGCUCAGAGGGAAAAGGAGCUGGAGGAGGAGCGCGAGAGGGAGCGUGCAGAGAGGGCCAAAAGGGAGGAGCGUAGGCGGCGAGAAAAGGAAGAAGACGAGGCUCGAGAGAAGGCUCGGCAGGAAGAAAAGGAGCGCAGGCGCAAGGAGCGUGAAGAGCGCGAGAAGGAAGACGAAGAGCGCCGACGAAAAGAUCGAGAAAGGAUUGAGAAGGAGAGGGAAGAGGAACGCCAGCGCCUUAAGAAGGAGCGGGAAGAGCACGAGAAGAGUCGAGAGGCUCGCCUCAAGAAAAUUCGAGAGGAGGAUGCCGAGCGGGAGCGUCGCAUACAAGAGGAGCUUGACCGAGAUCGUGGUGGACGCUAUCGCAGUGGCCGUGGACGCAGCAGGACCCCUGACCGUGACAGAGACCGCCGAGGACGUGACAGAAGCAGGCGAAGGAGCAGGACAAGGUCAAGAUCACGUGAACGUGAACGUCGUACGUCUAUCAAGCCCGAGGACAUCAAGGUGGACGAUGACCUGGCACUUCAGCUUUUGUUGCAAGAGAGCGAACAGAUGAAGAAGUCACGGCAGCGACCCGCACUUGAACGCUCAGAAUCACUUGAACCGCCUAUGCGGAAAGCACAUCCACCCAAGUCGCUUGUACCGCGAGAUCCAGUGGCUGUUCGACUGGCGAAGCUUGACGGAAAAUCCGCCUCGCCUGCACAGCGGGCCUCUAGCAAGGGUCUCAGAUCUCCCAUCUCGGAAACACAUACUGCAGCCGCAAAGGAUGAAGACACUGUGAUGAUGGAUGCUCCACCAGCCGACGCCAAGGGUCGACGAGGAGAAUUGUCUUCAAAAGCCGAUAAAUCACGCGCACCAGAAGUCGUUCACUGUCUCGUGGAAGCCGCUAUGAUCGCAGGUCUCGACGGGACGAUGAUAGACAUUCUUACAGGCCGACACACGACGGUCGAAGGCGCGAUCGCGACGAGCGUGAUGAUAGACGCUCGCGCCGCGACAGUCGUAGCCGGUCACGCGAGACACGUACUAACCGCCGCAAGUCGCGGUACGAGACACGCAGCCCUUCACCGAGCCGAGAAGAGAGACGUCGAGACCGCACCCGGUCUCGUUCCAGAAGCCGACGUGACCGUGAUCGCGACCGCGACCGUGAUCGGUCGGCCACUCGUCGACGCCGUCAUUCCCGCUCUAGGAGUCCAGAUAAUAUUGAUCGAUAUGUACCCGGCGGUGCGGCAGCAGCAGCAGCAGCCGCCACUACCACCAGCACCCGGAAGCGAGAAGAUAGCCGUGAGCGCAAGCGUGAUGAUAGCCGACCUCGUAGGCGUGACGAUAGCCGCGAUCGGCCACGGAGCUACAGGUCUCGAGACUAUGAUCGUUGGGAUGGUGGGAGAGAACGGGGCAGUAGACGGCAAGAGUCUGACUGUUACCAACCUGGUGGCGGGGGUGGAGAUAGUGAUGAGAAGGAACGAGACGGCGAUCGAAAGGCCAGAGAGCGGAGUAGAGAGCGGAGUAGGGAAAGAAGCCGGGAUAGGAGUCGUGAUAGAGACAGGCGCAGACGUGUGA